AGGGUUGUAGGACUGUAUACUUUUUGGGAUCACGGAGUUUUGUUUACUUAGGUAUUUUCCAUUGCUGAACUGUGUGAGAGAAAAGUAAAGCUGUACUAAUACCACUAGAACAUUGCACACUAGUAAUUUUAUUUAAGUGAAAAUAUGAAAUCAGUACAGUAACACCAAGUAUUUCUGUGAGAAGUUUUUCAUUCAGUAAUCCAAAUGUUCACACAUCUGAGGACGAACAUUAAAAGACACUUGAUCAAUACUGUGAUCUGUCAGAGAUAGUAAAUGCUCUGAGUUUCACAAAAAAAGAAACCCUGGCACUACUGACAUCAGCAGCAAGCCUCUGGUUGUCUGCAGCAGAGCUAGGAUUUCACUCCUGGACCAACUCCAGUUACGUGAUGGAUUUAUAGCACUGUAACCAAGUACAGCAUUUUCUGACAGUCUGUGAGCUCUUGGCGUUUUUCAUGUGACAUAAAUCAAAACAAAAAUACAACCACAAAGCUGAACUCAAUCUGAAAGCUUUGUAUUACUGUACAGGUUAAUAAGGCACCGUGCAAGGAGGGUUUCAGUAGAGUAGGAGAGGUGGUGUUCAGCUCUCCUACAUGCAGUUGUUUCACACCUGUAGCACUGUACCACUGGGGCAUUGAAUCAGUACAAGGGACACCAGUGGAAAACUGCACUACAAAAACCACACAGAAAUAGUAGUUUUAUAGCAUUUUGUCAUAAGCAACUUUCUCCACCUACAUAAAAUGCACCUGAGCUUCUUGGCUUUCACUUGAAUACUUUUAAACUAACAGACAGGUGUAUUUCUGUACUGAAAAGGGUUAAGUUCUUUCCUCUUCAAAACAUUGAUGACAUGCAACAGCAUAGUCUAAGGAAACUACUGCCUAUGAUUCCUCAGGAUGACUAUUAGGAUAAAGGAGAAUGAAAAGUAAAGGCAAGAACGAACACAGCUUAAACCAAUUUAUGUGAAUUCAUGAUUACUAGCAUAAUGCUGACAUUAAAAAAGUACUUUUUUUGUAUUAAAAUAUGAAGCAGGUAUCUCUGAUAAAAGUGCCUGCUUGCUAUUUCAUAUAAACAUCAAAACUAUAGUUUCUGGAGCAUACAUAUUUGACAAUUAAGGCUUUGCAGCCUUCAAGUGUAUAAUGGGUUUAAAGGUAAGGAGAAAGGUAUUUUCUUAGUCAGUUAAUUUUGGACUCCAAGGCUUCUAUUUUAUGCCCAGAUUUUCAGACUUGAUUCUGGGAAGAACUAAGCACGUCUGUGACUUUGUAUACACAUGCAUAUAUAUACACUGCAUUUUAAACAAGCAAAGUUGACAACAAAAUUCUUAAUGACUUUAGUAGUAGAGCAGCAGACCUAGACAGGUGUGAAGUUUCCUGAAGGGCGACACAUUAGAUGUAAUCGCAGGGAAGCCAACAGGACCGGUCAGUGGAUAAAGUUAAACACGGGCAGAAGACUUUGCAGGACUUUGAAGUAUCUUUCUUUGCUCUUAACUCUUGUAAAAAUCAGAUGUAUAAUACUUAAGAGUAUCAAAAGAGGCUUGAGCCAGCAUAUUUUUUUUUUUCCCACAUAUACCUAAUCUGCCUAAACGGCAUUAAUAAGAAGAGCUUCUGAGAUUAUUUAAAGUGCAACAACUUUAUACAAGUUUUUUGGUUUUCAAAAGUGAGCAUUUUACACGGACACUAGGAUUUACCGUACGGGAACUUCACACUGAUAGAAAUCUCAAAUACAAGUUUUGUAAGAGAUACUAUAGCAAGAUCAUAGCAGUGUAUUCCUAUUAAAGAUGACGGAAUAGUCACGCAGUAGCAAUUUAAAAGUACAUCUGUUAACGGAGAACUGAGAGUUAAAAUGGGUGCCAUGGAGAAAAGGUGGCUGGGGGGGGGGGGGAAGCACCAUCAAACCACCGGAAAAAUAGCUUGUGAGGAGAGAAAAAAAAAAAGAAAAAAGAGGGGAAAACAAAAAAAAAAAACGACUCCAAAGUAAGUCAGGGUGGAAGAAGUAAGCGCUGGGGUGAGGCGAGCAUGUGUAAGGGGGUUUCAGACUAACGGAAGAGAAAGUUGAAAAUAACAUUCUUUACGUCUCAAAGCCUCUUAUUAUUAAAGCUGCGGUAUUACCGAGCCUAUACCAGGAUCUUUAGUUCCGGGCACAGACAGACAGCAAAGGGAAAAAAAAAAAAAAAAAAGACUUUGCAAACCCCGAGUGAAACCGCGAGUUCCCGAGCGAGUAGAGGGAAGCCCAGACUUUCCCCUGCCCUCCCGCCUGUCCUCCCGAGAAGAAAACCGUAAAAUAAAAAAAAAAAAAAAAAAACAAACCAAACAAAAACCCAAACAAACGAAAAACCAAACCGAAAUAUCGCCAAGUCCGUGUUGGCAGGCCCGGGCCGGCCCGGCCGGGAGCUCCAGCGGCGGGAGCUCGGCCGGCCGGGGGCGGAGCGGCGGCGGGGGCCGGGGGGCCGGGGGGCCGGGGCCCGGCCGGAGCCCGGCGGGUGACGGUGCCGCUUCUCUCUCCCCUUCUCUCCCCCGGCAGAAGCUGGCGGUGCGGAGCUGCCCCGCGGCCGUGCUGGUGGGCAGCGGCGCCAGCGGCGGCGCCAAGCCCGGCGGCGUCCCGGCGCUCCUCAAGGCACCCGGCGGCGGCGGCGGGGGGGGCGGCCCCAGCGGCGGCCCCGGGCAGAGCCUGGCCAUCUCCGUCCUGCCGGCCAAGGCUCCCAUCGCGAUGGUGACGGCGCACCUCAACGGCGGGCUGGGCUGCAGCGCGGCCGCGGGCGUGGAGCCCCCCCAGAGCGCCCCCAUCAACCUGCAGACCACGGCCAAGCUGGUGGGCGCCCGGCGGCCGCCCGAGCUCGGCUCCAACGCCCAGACUUUGGGAACUAUCACUGCAGUGCCCAUUAAGGUUCCUCAGGUCAGCUCCUUGCAGAGGUUGGCAGGACAAGGACCAGCAGUGCUACCUCAGGUUAGGCCAAAGACCCUGAUUCCAGACAGCCUCCCUAUCUCCCCGUGCAGAGACCAACCUUCCAAGCAGCCUCCUACCUUCCAGAAGGCAACCGUAGUCAGCAUCAAAAACCCCAGCCCUGCCCUCCCGACUGCCAAUAACACCGUCAGCCAUGUACAGACGCCUAACAGCCAGUCACAAAGUGUCACCGAGUCCACAGCUAUUUCAUCACCUCUGAGCAGUGCAGGUGUGGCGUACGCCAUCAUUUCCACCUCCCCCAACAAUGCAACUCCUAUCAGCACCAGCGCGACUGUCUCUGUGGUCAACGACAGCAUUAAAGUGCAACCACUCCUCAUUAGUGCCGACAGCAAGGUUAUCAUUAUUCAGCCUCAAGUCCAAACCCAGACAGAAAGUAAAGUGGAGACAAAGAAACCUCCUGAAGAGUCAGCUCAGGGACCCCCUGCUACCAAAAAGAAAAAGGAGGAAAAUCCAGAGAAAAUUGCCUUCAUGGUAGCAUUAGGACUGGUUACAACAGAACAUUUGGAAGAAAUCCAGAGCAAGCGUCAGGAAAGAAAGAGAAGAAGCACAGCAAACCCAGCCUAUAGUGGGCUCUUGGAAACAGAGCGGAAACGCCUUGCAUCAAAUUAUUUGAAUAACCCCUUGUUCCUUUCAACAAGAGCAAAUGAGGACCCAUUCUGGAAGAAUGAGAUCCACCAUGAUGAACACUGCACUGCUUGCAAGCGUGGUGUUAACUUGCAGCCCUGUGGCACAUGUCCCAGAGCGUAUCACCUCAACUGCUUGGACCCACCUCUCAAAACUUCCCCCAAGGGGGUUUGGGUCUGUCCAAAGUGCCAACAGAAGGUGUUAAAGAAAGAUGACAACGUGCCAUGGACUGGAACUCUGGCUAUUGUUCACUCCUAUGUUACUCAUAAAACAGUGAAAGAAGAAGAGAAGCGAAAGUUAUUAAAGAGAAGCAGUGAGCUGAAGAGUGAGCAUAGGCAGUUGGAAGAAAAAGAUCGACUUCUCAACAAUGCAGUGAAGAAAUGCUUAGAGCUAAAAACCAGCCUGUUGGCCCAGCAGAAAGGGACUCAGUCAUCACUGGAACGUCUCAAAACCCUCAUUAGACUGAUACAAAACGAGCAGAUGAUUCAGGUUACCAUGACGACCACCACCACCUCCUCCCUGCUAACUGUCCCCUGGAUCAAACCCUCCCCUGCCUCUGCUGCCAUGCACAAAGCCUUGCAGCAAUCACAGGGUAACAACUGACAGAGACGGCUGCGAGAGGGCGAAGGAAGGGGGGUAAAAAAACUUUGUACACAUGCGCAGAGGAGAGAUUAAACUGAAACAAAGGAGAGAAGGAACAAUCUCAGUUUUGAUACGCGUAGAAACUUGCAAACCAAUCAGUCCAGUUUGUAGGUCACUGUGGCAGCAGGUUCCCACAGAGCGGGUUGUGCUGCGGUUUUGUAUUUGCCGAGACCUUCAGUGCUUAUGAGAUUUUUUUUGUUAUGUUGGCCUUAAUGUAUUUAUGACUGAGGAUGAACAGGAAAAGUAUGGCCGAUAGGAAGAGGGAUAUCCUUUUGUGGGGGGCAGACAGGUUUCCAGUUCUGCUUUAAGGGGAAAAUUUUCAAUGCAAGGAUUUAGUGAGCUAGUAGAGAAGUAGUUGGGCUGAAAGCUAUGUGUGGGAGGGAAAUCGGUGAGGUAACCAGAAACUGAACUACUUAGGACUUGACAUGGAUUCUUAUCAGAGGAACAAAGUUGGCCCCGUUGAUUCAGGGGACCUGGAGAUGGGGCCGUUUUGACCAGAAUGGCGUCACGGACACUCACAGAGCCUUCGAAACAAAAGAUCUUUUUUUUUCAGUAUUAUUAGAGUUGAGAAUUGCAGAUAUUUAAAUAAAGAAACUGUAUGAAGUUAGCAUUUCUAGUAAAAUAUUGAAGUAUUUUCAUGCUGAUGCUUCUGUAUAUGCGUUCCGAAGUAUUUAAAAAAGUAUGACUGUAAAACUCCUUACUUUUUUGCAGGUCCUUUUUACUUAUUUUGCUAUCGGUGUAUUUUUCUCAUGGAGUUUUUGUGCAAGAUUUAGCAUAAACCAUGAUAGUGGAUAUCUUUGGCAGGUUGGGUUUCAUUUUUUAAAAAGAUUAUUUUGGGGGUUUUCUUUUUUGUUAGUUUGGAUUUAUUUUUUUUUUUUUAAGAACAAGAGCAAAUAAAUGUUCUGUUUUUUGUUUCUUGCCAGUACAGAUAAUAUGCCAAAAAGAGAACUUUACAUUUUUGUACUGCAUUUUUAUUGUUAAAAAUAUGUAACGUGAUUUUUUUUUAUUACUGUUAUUUUUAUUUUUUGCUUGCAGAAAUAUCUGCUGAAAUGGUACAGGAAAAAAAGAAAAUAAAAACUGCCUCAAGGGGUUGUUUCUCAUACUGGAUAAUAUCAGGAGUUCUGGGGGAGGGACAGGCUGUGGAAAAUUUAAAGGGUUUGUUGUUUUUUUUUUUUUUUGGAAACUUGAUUCCUUUGUAAUAUUUUGUUGGAUUUUAGCACAUUUGGGAAGAGCUUAGCAUUAACCUGAGAAAAUCCCAGUGCACCUGCUUGUUUCGCUAGCUAGUCUUCCUGAUACUGCAAGGGUCCGCCUGGCCCCCCCGUAGGCCAUAGGCCCCCCAUCUCCCUGCGGCCUGCCCGGGAAGGUAGUGAUGGGCACCCCGGUUUUUCUCAACGUCACACACACACCAGAUGCCAUCGUCUCUGUUGUUUAUGAGUUCUCUGUCAGUUAGCACAACAGGUACUUAAGGAAAGCAAGAAGCCACCAGAGCACGACACAAGGCUAGUCUCUCACAUCAGCAUAUCACAUGGUGCCGAAUAUCUUUUUUUUUUUUUUAAACUAAAAAAAACCACGUGAGGGACUGGCUUUUUCCGUCGCCCAUCACUAGGCAGCACAUGGUCCCUUCAACCAUUUUCACAACUCCGGGAGAAACUGUGCAGUACUAUACAAAUCUAUUUUAAUACACAACACUCGGUUGAACAAGAUUUUUAUAUUCUUUUAUUGAUGAACAAAGUGAACUAAGUAAAACACAAUUGUUAUACAUUGGUUAUUGUAUGCCAAUUAUGCAUUCUAACAUGGCUUGCAAUGUAAAUGUUUUCAGGUUUAAUGAUUUUUUUUCUUCUCAGACAAAUAAAAAAAAAAGGAAAAGCGUGGAGGGUUGAAUAUGUGAAGAAUUUCUGAAGAAGUGUCUUGGACUGUUAAAAGUAGUUAUUUUGAAAAGGGGACUGUCCAGUGGAUAGUGUGCAUAGAAAAAAAAAAAAAAAAAGUGUUUGUCUUAAAUAUGCCAAUGUAGUUUUACUUCUUUCUGAUGCAUUAAACUUGACUGACAGUUUAA